AUGUCGUUCGACGCGUUAUCCAGCUGCAUCACCACCUUGCAGUCAUCUGCCCACCUGUUGCAGAACUCCCUUGAUGUUUUGGACGGUACCACUCAUGACAUGUUGCGCUUGUCCGCAGUGCUCAAUAAAAAGACCUUUUUCCAAGUGAAGCCACAGUGCGACAUCGACGACAUCAAAAAAAACCUCUCUGCAGAAAUCACCCCCAAGAUCUCCACCACGUUGGCAAAACUUGAAAACGAACUCAGCCGUUUACAGCGCAAAAAGAUCAAUCUCAUCAAUAAGGCAGACUUGCAGCAGAUCCGCAUCGAAAACCUCAGCUCGUACAAGUCAGCCAAGAAGCCAUCAAAGGUCGUCAAGGGCAGCGAUCUCCAGGUCUCCCGGUUAAAGUUCCUCCAGAACAAGAAAGACCGCUUGAAGUACAGCUUAAACCGCUUAACGAGGCGAAGUCCUAACCCAGACGGGAAUUCGUAA